AUGAAAACUGAACAUCGUCGGAAAUCUAAUUUACCAGAGAACGAUAAUAUUUCAAGUUUAAGUUCUCUCGAUUUAAGCGAUGUUUCAAGCGGCGUUAUAAACAAAGCCAAUUUCUUUUAUGGCAGUCGAAAAUCUGCCUAUAAAGCCGUUUUAAGAGAAUAUUCCAAGAAGACUUCAGUACAUGGAUUAAAUUAUGUUUUUCAAAUGCAUCGACCAUUUUAUGAAAAAUUGUACUGGAUUAUUGCAUUAUUGUUAUCAUUUUAUUUGGCAAUCUACUAUAUCUGGGCGAGCUAUGUUAAAUGGUCGAAUAUACCAAUAAUAUUAGGUUUUGAUGAAACGCUGGUGAAAAUAAAUCAAAUACCAUUUCCAACUAUAACCAUAUGUCCGGAAAAUCAAAUAAAUUUCAUAAAUCAAGAGUUUUCAAAUAUAUCGGAUUUAAUAUGGUUUGAAAUAGAAGAAUAUGGAAAUUUUCAAAACAGAAACAACAUAAGUGACGAACAAAAAUUAAAUUUUUUUAUAACGUUGCAGUUAUGUGCUCAAGAGACAAUCGAUAAAUAUUCUCCCUAUAUGCCAAAAAAUGUAAAUAUAAACGUGGCUCAAAAUCUAAUCGAUUUAGUUAACGAUGCACAAACGAUAUUGACUUUUGUAGAGUUUAAGCCUGAUUCAAGUGGAAAUUAUCUUGAAAUGGUUCUCACUAAUGAGGGCGUUUGUUAUCAAUUCAAUGGAUUAAAUCAACAAGAUAUUUAUAAAAAUAUAGAUUAUAUUACUUACAAUGCUAGACUGGAAAACUAUAUUAAUGUAACGGGAAAUUGGUCUUUGGAUGAUGGAUAUCAAAAUUCCAGUGAUUAUCCGAAAAGAACAAGUUCUUCGUUUAUUAGCAGCGGUUUUUAUCUUUAUUCGCUAAGAUUAAGACGUUUUAAACAAGGUUUUAAGGUAUUUAUAAACUCUCCCGAUAAUAUACCCCUAACAACGGAUAAUUAUUACAUUAUGGUUCCUGCCUCAAAACAAGUAAUUGUAACAGUUUUACCACAAUAUAUUAAGACACCAACUAAUUUGAAGGAUUUUGAUAUCGACAAGUAA